GCUGUCAAAUUAGUAUAAAAAAACUUCGAUUUGAACAAAUCAAUCGAAUCAAUUUAUUAUAGAUUGUAUUACAGUUAAUUCAUUAAUGAGCAUAUUGUCAUAAUUUAGGUAAUAAUUUAUUGUAAAAAUUAUUUUAUAAAUUUAAUAUUUCACAUUUAAGCGACUGUAACAUAUUCGAAAUGAAGAGGACGUUUAAAGAAACCAAUCGGCACAUGUGCACCAUAAGAAAAUACUCGGAAUCCUGCCUCCCAAAACUUCCGCCGAACGCUUCGAAAUGGGAGAAAUGCAUGAGACGAUUUCGAAAAACUUUAUUAUUAUACUCGGAUCACCCCUCUUGCAACCACCAUUACCGCAGCAGCGCGGCGGUUAUGUUCGAAAGGAAACGUCAAAUUUCGACCGUUCCCGUUUACAUAAUCCACCCGUUUAGCAAAUUUGCUUAUUACAGGGAAAUAGUUUGGUGGUUAAUGUAUCUAAUAAUAUUUUCGAUAUGGCCAAUAAUGGCGACGCUUAUAAUUUACGAAACCUCUGAAAACGUGAAAUGGGUCAACGAAUGCGGGAGCUGCAUCAACUGGUUCAUCGUAAUCAACAUAGUGUUUAGUUUCAUAUCCGGUUACCAUAACCCCCAAAUAAGAGAGGCGGUUUUACGCCCGAAAGAAAUCGCAAUUCAUUACUUAAAAACGUACUUUGUACCAGAUUUUUUUAGUUUAUUACCAUCGAAGUGGUUAUCGUUGUGUGACACAGGAAAAAUGAUCGUGAUUUUGCAAAGAUUCGUGCUUUACGCUCGAGUACCCACGAUGUUCCAAUACUCGCGGCACAUCACCAAUUUAUUACAAAUGAGCGAUACCCAACACGAAAUCGUCUCACUCAUAAUCUUAUCGUUGUUUGUGUUACAUUGGUGCGCAUGUUUGCUGGCAACAAUAGAUAAUCUCUAUAUCAUUUUAGGGGAUAAAAACACGUCUUGGUUUAGAUACGCGAAUCUUAGCAGCCCAAACAUUCAUGCAAUGACGAGAUACUUUUGGUCAUUGCAUGUAAGUAUGGGCCACAUUUAUCGAUUAGGUGGCGGGUUUUCACCUACCGAAUCAAAAUUCGAUUAUGUAACGCUUUCAAUAAUCAACAUUUUGGGUUCGGCGUUUUUCGGAUACAUAAUUGUGAUUGUAUUACAAGCGAUUGGGACAAUUAACGUGGCCGAAAGCAAAUACGAAGAGCUUUUAAGGCAACUCUACGAGUAUUUGCGAUCCAAGCGAGUGCCCGUUAAUAUCAAUAAGCGGUUAACGAGGUAUUGCGAAUAUCGCUUUCAAAAACGCUAUUUUAGAACUGAAGCGAUUUUGGCGACGCUCUCAGAUCACCUCCGGCACGAAAUUACAUUGUAUACGUCAAGAAAUUUAAUCGGAAAAGUUGAAAUUUUUAAAGGAUUACCCAGAGGAUUGAUUGGGAGUAUCAUCGCGUGUUUAAACACGGAGAUAUAUCUCAAAAACGACGUCAUAAUCUCGGCUCAUAAGCCGUUGGAGUAUUGGUACAUCAUCUCUCAUGGAACUGUGGCGAUGGUGCAUACAAGCGGGCUCGAAAUUUGCCAUUUAGAGGAUGGGGACGUGUUUGGGUGCGGCCAUCUUAUGGAUGCCAUGGAUUACGACGUGAAUAUAGUUGCGAUUGAAAUAUCGGAAAUACUACGAAUGACGAAACGCGACUUUUUACGCAACAUGAAUAACAAAACGAUUUACGACCGAUUAAUGAUCGCCAUUGACAAACGUAACGAUGAUAUUAAAAAGGCUUUGGAUAAACGGGACCCUAAAUUGCAAGAGAGGGAAGAAGUUUUAUACAAAAUCCGUAAAGACACUAUUUUAGAAAGUGGGUUUCCAAGAAAGAAAUAG